UAACAGACUUUAAAAGCGCUGUUUAUGCAGAGUUUUAUCUCCUGACACAUUUUUCAUCAAAUCUUAAACAACUACCAUCUAUGGUCUGUAUUUACAUUUUUUCCUAACAGCAUGCUUUGGUUUGCAGCGUAGCCAAACGCCUCCCCAAAGGGCUCGGUGCCCCACGUCAUCACGCACUCUUAUUUCCGGCCAAUGAGAGCCGAGGAGGGCGUAAAGGUCUCCCUCGCCGGGUAAAAGGGAUUUGACAGUUGCAGGUCUCGAGUUGAUCCACUUCACUUUGACUUCCUCAGUGGGUGCUGAGACCAUGGCGGCGGCGGCGGCUGCUGCGUGCGGCCAGCCGAGCGCUGCGAUAACGACCUCCGUGGGUGGUAAAAAAACGACGCACACGGGACGGGAACACAGCCGGAGGAACCGGGAGAACUCACGCCGGAGGCAGGCUGCUCUUUUGUUUCUCAGUAACAUCUCUCUGGACGGGCGGCCGGUCCUCGGUAAUCCCGUUGACACUGUUGGGAACCGCUACCACAGAGAGGCUGACACGGGGGGAGCCGACCCCUGCUGCGCGUCGGCAGCGUCCCCGGAUCCGGGCAACAACAACAGCUACGGGACGUUCUCCCAUUUGGCAGUGACCGGGAGCUCCGGGACGGUCAAUCCUGCCACGGCAGUGAGGAUGGGACUCCUGAACAUACCGCCUAUUCUCGUCCUGCCCUCGGACACGGGGUACAACGAUGUGGGGAGCGCGGAUUUGUUGCUGGACUGCCGCAGAGCCUCGUCCCCCUUACCGGGCAACAGCAACCUGCUCUCCCCGUCCCCGACCCCGACCAACAGCAACCAGCUCUCCCCGUCCCCGUCCAACAACAGCCUGCUGCCGUCUCCUCUGGGACCGCGGAAGUCCUCAACCUUGCUGUCUGUCCAGAGCUGUAACUCGGUGUCCUCUGAGCCCAGACAAAGGACUCGGAACCUCUCGGGGGGGUCUCCACGACCUCGACACACGAAGAAGAUCAACUUUAAAAACAUGAAACAGUGCGACAUGAGGGGCAGCAGGAUCGUGCUGAUCUGUGCUAAGAGAUCUCUGUGUGCUGCAUUCUCUGUCCUGCCCUACGGUGAAAGCUUCUACCUCAGUGACCCCACAUUAAACCACCCCAGGAGGAGGCACUCGUCUGGAAACAUCUCCACCACCCUGGAGAUGCUGCCGGGGCUGGAGGGCUUCCACCUGGACACCUAUGGCAGGUCGGUGUCGUACGCCCAGUUCCUGUACCCUACAAACGCCCUGGUGAGGCAGAAGCCAGCGUCGGCCAGCGACCUGACGCUGCAGAUUCCUCAGUCCAGGAGCACACACAGCAUGCCGGGCCGGGGCUACCCACCCAGCAGACUGAACAGCACUGUUGGGCUGGACCUCGGUCUGGAGGAUGUGACGGACUACGACCCUCACCUCCUCAGCGACCCCCAGUGGCCUUGCGGGAAACACAAGCGGGUGCUGAUCUUCGCCUCCUACAUGACGACAGUGAUCGAGUACGUCAAACCCUCGGAUUUGAAGAAGGACAUGAACGAGACGUUUAAAGAGAAGUUUCCUCACAUCAAACUCACGCUCAGCAAAAUACGCAGUCUGAAGCGAGACAUGAGAAUAGUCGGCGAGGAUUGUGGGAUGCAGCCCGUCACCAUAGCGAUGGCGUUCGUCUACUUUGAGAAGUUGGUGCUGCAGGGUCGCCUCAAUAAACAGAACAGGAAGUUGGUGUCAGCUGCCUGCAUCCUCCUGGCUGCUAAGAUCAGCAGUGACCUCAAGAAACAGGAGGUCAAACACCUCAUCGAUAAGCUGGAGGAGCGCUUCAGGAUCAGCAGGAGGGAGCUGAUAUCGUUUGAGUUCACCAUCCUGGUCGCCCUGGAGAUGGCGCUCUACCUGCCCGAGAGCAAAGUCAUGCCUCAUUACAGAUGGCUGGUUCAGCAGCAGAAGUCGUAGCAGCAGUGACUCCUCUCUCACUCUCUCUCUCUCUCUCCGGGAAACGCUCGGCAACCUCUGAAACUCCUCGAGGAGAUCCUCGCGCUGCCUGAGGCUCAGAGGCUCAGAGGCGCUGUGAUUGGACGGACGAUGACAGGCCUGCUGGUGCCUGGCUCAACGGCACAGAGAGCAACAGAGCCCUCUUCUUUCCUUUAAACACCAAAGUAACGGCACACUGUGAGCGAUGGUUCAGCAGCACGACUAAAAGCUGGUUAAAAAGCACUUAACGAUCACUGAAAGGUCUCAUGGUCACAGCCAGUUAAUUUGUGUCUUUGUAAAAGAAAAGAACGAUAAGUUUGCUCGCAGAUAACAUUCGCUUCACUCGCGACGUUUGACAGAUUUCGUCAUGACGGAGACUAACAGCGCGAUGCUGUCGAGUGAUUCAUAACACCUCCUUUCUAAAAUCUCUGCAGGUGAGAAGAAGAGCAUCGAGAUUUCCUUUUGGGAUCUUCUGUUCAAAAAAAUCAAAUCUGCCUGGAAGAGUAAAAAAAAAAAAGAAAAUGAACGUUGAAGCAGUUUUGAGUUAUUGCAAUCACCUUCGACAUUAAGGAAGCAUCCAGGGGGGGAAAAAUAAUCCAAAUAUCAAAGAUAUUUUCUGGGUUUUUUUUUGUCACAUUAUUAUUUCUGACCUCAAAAGCUGCUGAGACGUCGUUGGAGUUCUCCGCAGGCUGCAGUGUGGUUUAUAAGGGAAAUUUGACACAAGGCUGAAUUUUGUUUUUUUUUAAUGUGCCGACAGUCGAUAAAACACGAGGCAGAUUUCUGUAUCUGACAAUCAUUUUUAAGGCAUUUCAAAGCAUCGUAGAGCAACAGUGCUGAGGCUGCAGCAGCGAUGCAUCAGCAGCUCUGCAUUCUGUGGAUGAUUUGAUUGCAAAUAUUCAAUUUAAGAUGAUGAAUGACGGCAAUCAGGAGAGCACGUUCUAGUACUGCGAGAUGUUUCCAGCACUUUCUUUUGCGUCUUUCUGACUCACGGUCUUCCUUUUUUUCAAACUAUCGCUCACUCUGAUGUCAUUAAAUCAGCACUUUUCUGUGUGUGUUGUCCUGAUGUGACGUUGCUUCUUUCUCUGACUUGUGGUCAUUUGCACUCCGGCCCACUCGCUCUGAGAGUCGGCGCAGAGUUCAGUCUGAAGCUCCACUGGAGGAGUUCAGAUGUUGAAGUGCCUUGCCUUUUUUCUCAUUUUCCCAUCCUUGUUGUGAUGAUGUUGCUCCUCUUCCUUCUUCUUUGCUGGUUUGUUGAGCGUACAAAUCUGUCACGUUUCUGCAGGAUCUUGAGGUCUAAUUGAGGAAGCACAGGAAUCAUCCUGUGAGUUUGCUGAACGCUCGAUGGCAGGGAACACGUCUGUUGUUGUUGACAUUUUAUGAUUUAGAAAAUGAUCGGGGGGAUUUAGGACUCGGGGUGUGUAGUCGUCUUCUUUUAAGGUUUAAAGCACAGACCGUGGGCUCAAUGAGUCGAACAAGCAGCAGACAUUCUUCUGAUUACCAAGUCUGUUUAUUCUCCUCUAUGAAAUGUAACAGAGAUAUCUUUAACGUUUUAGGAGUGAUGGUCGCACAAAUGUUUUUUUUAAACUUCUGACUCUGAGACAUAUUUCUGACUAAGACAGAUGUUCGUCAAUUCAGAAAACAAAAGACUACAAAAGGGAAAAAAUGAAAGAGGGAAGAUUCAUUGAAAAGUUUCUCAAGAACAAAAAUAAAAUGUGCAGAACUUUUAGAUCUGUGAUCAGAAAUAAGAAAAAUCUAAAUCACGUGGAGACUAAAUCUUCCUCCUCAGAUUCCUACUUUUCCAAAAUGUUAUUGUCAACAUUAAGACUUGCACGGCCCUUUUGUUGUAUUGUGUUUGUUGUAUUGUUAGGACAGAUUUGUCACUCGUGAAAGAAAACCUUUUUUCCAUCAUGGUGGCAUCAAAACUCCUGUUACAACAAGCUCCUAAUGAAAACUUCUGAUAUAUGUCAGCAGCUUCUUAAGGUGGACUGAACAGUUCUUAUUCUUCUUAAGGUGGACUGAACAGUUCUUAUUCUUCUUAAGGUGGACUGGACAGUUCUUAUUCUUCUUAAGGUGGACUGGACAGUUGUUCUUAAAUUGGACUGGACAGUUGUUCCUCUUAAGGUGGACUGGACAGUUCUUCUUAAGGUGGACUGGACAGUUGUUCCUCUUGAGGUGAAAUGGACAGUUCUUCUUAAGGUGGACUGGACAGUUGUUCCUCUUGAGGUGGACUGGACAGUUCUUCUUCUUAAGGUGGACUGGACAGUUCUUAAGGUGGACUUGACAGUUGUUCUUAAAUUGGACUGGACAGUUGUUCUUCUUAAGGUGGACUGGACAGUUCUUAAGGUGGACUUGACAGUUGUUCUUAAAUUGGACUGGACAGUUGUUCUUCUUAAGGUGGACUGGACAGUUGUUCUUCUUAAGGUGGACUGGACAGUUGUUCCUCUUAAGGUGGACUGGACAGUUCUUAAGGUGGACUGGACAGUUCUUCUUAAGGUGGACUUGACAGUUGUUCCUCUUGAGGUGGACUGGACAGUUCUUCUUAAGGUGGACUGGACAGUUCUUCUUAAGGUGGACUGGACAGUUGUUCCUCUUGAGGUGGACUGGACAGUUCCUCUUGAGGUGGACUGGACAGUUCUUCUUAAGGUGGACUGGACAGUUCUUCUUCACGCUUCUUAAAAGGGAACUCAUUGUAGCUACAGACUCUCGCUGUGUCUGCAUCAUGAAGGAGCAUCAACAACCAAAACGACCUUCUCUUCAUGAACUACCUUAAAAAAAAACAUUUUUAUUAUCUCGAGAUGUUUGUGUCUGUUUUCACUGUUUCAUAAAGGGACGAAUAUUUAACCAAACGGACGCCUCCAUCACGACGCUCACUCGUUUUUGCACUUUCUGCCUUUUUUGCUUCACAAUCCUGAACCUUUAUUUUAACUAGUUUUCUACAUGUAUCGUGUUAAUAAUUAUGUUGUUGUUGUUGUUAUUGUUGUUGUUGUUGUUCUGUGUUGGAAAACUGACCCGAGUCACUGAUAGUUAUUUGCUGAUAAUCCUCCAGACGUAGAAUCAGGUUUGAAACACGUUCCCAGCUCAUGUGUUUGAGUUUGGAUUUUAUUUUACGUCAGGUGUUAAAGGGACUGUUGUUUGUUUGUUUGUUUGUUUGUUUGUUUGUUUGUUUGUAUUUGUUGUUUUUAAAUGGAGGGUGUCUGUUGUUAUCAAUGCUUUAAUGUUGGAGCAGGAGAGCCACCAUUCUCUACUUUCCUACAUUGUUUUGGGAUUAUUGCUUCAAAAAAGGAACAGACUACGGAAGCCCUCAGAGGACAUACAUUUGAUUUCAGUCAGUUUUAAUGUGAUGAUGAUUUCAUUUUGGCCGUUUUCUUCAGAAACCGAGAAAGUAACUCAUUACCUCGGGGAAACAAGCAUUGUUAUUCCCAGAUAAUGAGACGGAUAGGUCGAGAUCUGAAGAAAAAAAGACGUGUAUAUAUAUACACAUAUAUUACAUAUAGAGAAACUAAAUGUUUGGAUGUCCACUUCGGGCUUCCGUAACAGACAGGUCCUCAGCUGGUCUUUUUUUCUGUCCUGCUCCAACACUGAAAGCAAAGACGAAUCCACACUCCACAGUUUUCCCUGAGACGCUUCAGAGCAAAGACGUUCAUUUCCAUCUCUGUGAGCAAUAAACAACGAGUCUGUUGUUAAUGAAGUACAAGAGAAAAAAAGCACUAAAACACAAAACUCUGCACGAGAGAGCAGAAACACACUCGAGCUUCCAGAGUCGUCUUCUCUACAUUAGAGAUCAGUGAGAUUCAUUCUAUGCACCUUUUUUGUUUCUGUCGGCUGAACUACGUCCUCCCUCCUCCUCGUCCUCCUCCUCCUCGUUCUUCUCCUCUUCCUCCUCCUCCUCAUCCUUCUCCUCCUCCC